CAGAUGUGCUACACAGUUGCUUAUGACUGCCUAUAAAAUGGCCGGGAUCGGUGAGGCUGCUGGAACCAAGGAGAGAGAGCAUAUAUAUCCACCGAUCAUGAUGAAGGGUGGCAGCAAGAAGGAAGUGGCCGGUGCGGCGGCGGUGGUGGCCAUACUGCUGGUUCUGCAGCUGAUGGCAGCUCCACCGACGGCCAUGGCCGCCCGCUCGCCGCGCGGAGCCGUGCCGGAUGGCUCCCUCGCCACGACGCCCAAGGUGACGAUGCUGUCAGCCACGCUGUGCUACACGGGGGAGACAUGCAAAUACAUUACCUGCCUCACUCCUGCUUGCUCCUGUAACUAUGAUGAUCGUCGCUGCUACAUCAUAUUUACUCCUGCUGCUGCUUGAGGCCAUUCUGUGUACGUGAAUGAAGCCACUACUACUCUCACACAGCAUGCGCCGGCCGACGACGUGCGUACGUAUAUAUAUACGCUCUACCUCGUGAGCUUUUGUUCGAGUGAUACGUGUUUCAAGGCAUCCAUCCAUCCAUGGAUGCUUAUGUACGUAUAUGUGUUAGUCGUGUGUCAGGCAACCGGGCAGCAGAAGGGGGUGUUGUAUUAUAUAUAUUUACGUCUUCUGGUGAUUAAAUAAUAAAGGGGGGCAUGUUGGAUGUGUGCAA